CUUCCCAUUUAAGUUCCAGUACACACAGACCGCCUAGUGAGUGUUUAGGUCAACCUCUCAGUAGCAGACUCUAUACCAUGGGUCUGCUGAGUUUCCUGGUAACGGCAUUAGCCAUCACACUAGUUGCGAUAUUUUUCUACAUUCGAGGACGCCAUCGGUUCUGGUUGGAAAGAAAUUUCCCGUGCGCUCCAAACCCGAACUUUUUCUUUGGGCACGUCAAAGGGCAGCAGAUGACUAAACAUGCCUGCUACAUCAACCAGGAGUUGUAUCGGUACUUUAAAAGGCGCGGCGAACGAUUUGGCGGUUUCAGUUUAUUCCCGCUUCCUGCGGUAACCAUCAUUGAUCCGGAACUGAUUAAAACUAUCCUGGUGCGGGAUUUUAAUGUGUUUCAUGAUCGUGGCAUAUACAACAAUCCGCAAGCAGAUCCUCUGUCCGGACACCUGUUUCUUCUGGAGGGAGCUCCUUGGCGAGUGCUGCGUCAAAAGCUAUCUCCGACUUUCACGUCCGGCCGGAUGAAGGGCAUGUUCGGGAUGAUUAUGAAAGUGGCGGAAGACUUCCAGCAGUUUAUGGUUGAAACCCAACAGCAACAGUCGGUUAUGGAAAUGAAGGAAGUGCUGGUGAGGUUCACUACCGAUGUUAUUGGGACGUGCGCGUUUGGAUUGGAGUGUAACACGUUGAAGAAUCCGGAUUCGGAGUUUCUUAAGUACGGUAGGAAGGUGCUCGAGCAGGAUUUUAUUGAUGUGGUUAAGUUUUUCUUUGCUUCAACAUUUAAACAACUUGCCACUAGAUUACAGAUAAAGCUUACGGAUCAGACUGUGGAAAAGUUUUUUAUCGAUCUUACCCGAUCAACGGUGGAAUUUAGGGAGAAAAACAACGUGUUGAGAAAUGAUUUCCUUAAUUUGCUACUCCAGCUUAAGCAAAAGGAUGGCUCGGAAGAUUCGAGCGAAGGAGAUGCAGGGCUCACAAUCAAUGAAAUGGCUGCACAGUGUUUCGUUUUCUUCGUCGGAGGAUUCGAAACGUCAUCGACAACGAUGAACUUUUGUUUGUUUGAGCUUGCGAAGAAUCCGGAUGUUCAAGAGAGACUGCGAGACGAAAUCGAGAAGGCGAUAGAAGCGAACGAUGGGGAAAUCACGUACGACUUGGUGAUGGGUAUUCAGUAUUUGGAUAAUGUAGUUAAUGAAACGCUGCGAUUGUAUCCUCCGGUGGAAAGUUUGGUUCGUGUACCUCUCAACGAUUACACCAUUCCCGGCACUGAGCAUGUCAUUCCAAAGCAAACCAUGGUCGUAAUCCCUGUGUACGCUCUACAUCACGAUGCGGAUAUUUUUCCUGAUCCGGAACGCUUCGAUCCGGACCGUUUCCUUCCGGAUGCCGUCAAAUCACGCCAUCCCUACGCGUACCUUCCCUUCGGGGAAGGUCCGAGAAUAUGCGUCGGAAUGCGCUUCGGUGUUAUGCAGACCAAAAUCGGACUGAUAACGCUUCUGAAAAGUUUUCGUUUCUCUCCCUCGGCGCAGACACCAUCAUCGAUCGUAUUCGACGCAAAGAUGUUUGUGCUUUCACCGAGCGGAGGGAAUUAUCUGAAUGUUGAUAAGAUUUAUAUAACAAUUUCCGGAUACAACAAAAUACUGCAAUCGACCGAUGUGAAUCGUGGUCGAAAGAUGGUAUUACCGGUUUUUGGACUGUUACUGUUACUAGUCACCAGCCGAGGUAAAGAAAUAAAUUCAAAAGGAGAUUCUUCGCUGGAUAUAAUUUUAGCAUGUUUUAGUACACCUACGAAUACAUCGAAAAAGUUAACUCGCUCUCUCUCUGUUAUUUUUUUAACAAACCCGCGCAAGUUUCUUCAAUCGCAUUGCAUCAUCAGUAACCGACAGUUGCUCGGUAGAAGUGGGUGUGCUUUUCGUGAACGCACAAUGUUCGAGUGGAUACUAGCGAUCGUAAUCACCCUGGUGCUGGCCACGGGUGCCAGUUGUUUCCUUUUCCUGGACAAAAGACGCAAUUUUUGGAAGGAACGCAAUUUUCCCUGCACCGGCCGUUCGGUUUUAAUGUACGGUGAUUUCAAGGAUACGUUCCGAACGGAACACAUGCAAGCGACCACUCACCGGCUGUAUCGGGAAUUCAAGGCACGAAAGGCACCGAUCGGUGGAACGAUGUUGUUUAUCAAUAAGGCGGUGAUUGUAAUUGAUCCGGAGCUGAUCAAGACUAUUCUGGUGAGGGACUUUUCCAACUUCCACGAUCGUGGCAUCUACAAUAACCCGGAAGCCGAUCCGCUGUCGGGACAUAUGUUCGCGUUGGAAGGUCAAGCAUGGCGCCAGCUCAGAACGAAGUUAUCUCCGACGUUCACUUCUGGGAAGAUGAAAAUGAUGUUUGACACGAUUCUUGCGGUGGCAGAUGAGUUUGAUAAAUUUUUGGGUGAGAAAACAUCGGGUGGAACGGUGGAGUUGGAGAUGAAGAACAUUCUCGCUUGCUUCACAACGGAUGUCAUUGGGACGUGCGCCUUCGGAAUCGAGUGCAAUAGUUUACGUCAUCCAGAGAGUGAAAUUCGGCAAAUCUCAAAAAUAAUAUUGCACCAGUCGGUGUGGCAAAUACUGUGGACGAUGUUACUGAUGACUUUUAAGGGUGUGGCAACUAAGUUCAUGCUAAAAGGUACGCCGCCGGUUCUAGAGAAGUUUUUUACGGAUCUAGUGCGCAGCACCGUGGAGUAUAGAGAAAAGAAUAACGUUCAGCGGAAUGAUUUCAUGAAUUUGUUAAUCCAAAUGAAGAACAGCGAAAAGCAGGAGGAAAAGAUAACGCUAAACGAGAUAUCAGCGCAAGUGUUUCUAUUUUUCUUGGCUGGGUUCGAUACUUCUUCGACGACGAUGGUGAACUGUUUGUACGAGCUCGCUUUGAACCCUGACGUACAGGAUAAACUACGACGCGAAAUUGGACGAGUCUGUGGAGACGGGAAGUUGGCUUAUGAAACUGUUAGUUCUGUAGAGUAUCUCAAUAUGGUGAUUGAUGAAACCCUCCGGAAAUACCCGCCAUCGGACUCCUUACUGAGGACAUCCAUCAAAAGCUACCAGAUUCCAGACAGCGAGCUGGUACUUCCGGAACGUACGCUGGUCUUGGUUCCAAUCUAUGGCAUUCACCACGAUCCGGAAUAUUAUCCCGAACCGGAACGAUUCGAUCCGGAGCGGUUCAGUGCGGAGAAUCGAACAAAGCGACAUCCAUUUGUGUAUUUACCGUUCGGCGAAGGACCCCGAAACUGUAUCGGAAUGCGAUUUGGAUUGAUGCAAACUAGGAUCGGGUUGAUAACGAUUUUGCGCCAUUAUCGUGUUAGGAUAAGCGAGAAUACGCCCGUUCCGUUGGUGAUUGAUCCAAAAUCGGCGCUUCCUUCGUCGAUAGGAGGGAUACCGCUGCAACUGGAGAGGGUUUGAAGUGGAUCAAACUGCUAAUUACGAUGGGCUGCUAUCGGGUUUAGACACCAAAGAUUCAUCUGCAUGCUAAAUUAGUGCGUAAGCUUUGUUGACGGAAUUCAGUUCAAUUAAAUGGAUAUUAAACGGUAUUUUUAGACUAACA